GUGUGCAGUGGGGCCAGGGCUGGACAUGGCCCCCGGUCCCUGGCCUGCGUCCUGCCUGCGUGGCGGCCCCCUGGGCCUCACAUGUUUGUCCCUUCUGCUCAUCCCUGCUGCAGCUGGAACCUACUGUGAAUGCAGCCUUGGCCUCAGCCGCGAGGCCCUCAUCGCCCUCCUUGUGGUGCUGGCGGGCAUCAGUGCCAGCUGCUUCUGUGCCCUCGUCAUCGUGGCAAUUGGUGUCUUGCGGGCCAAGGGUGAAACAUGCCUGAGACAAGUGGACAACAGCCCGUCAUGCAGGUUGGUGGAGAAUUUUGGGGUCCAGGAAGAUUGCAUGGACCUGCACCCAGUUUACGUGGAGUCCCAGCUAAUGGAUGCUGACCUGGAGGUCUCCAUGGUGCCACCACUAGAGGAUCAGAGCCUUGUGGCCAUCCCCAUGGAGGCUUCUUCAGAGGAGCCGCCACCACCCCCGCCCCUACCACCUGCGUAGGGCUGAGGGCAGCUGGGGGAGGGGAAUUAAAGCGUAUUUAGUGGC